GAAAUGACACAGGCAGCUCUGGAAACACCCUUAUCGUCUGUGAAGGACCCAUGUAAAGUCAGGCUAGAGAUAUACCGCUUCCGCCACACUCUCAGGACCUCGUCCUGAUUUGGUGUGCGGGCCUCCAAGAUGGCGCUGCCCAUGCAGCGAUGCUGGGCUAGGUUGCGGGUUUUGACCUUACCAUGGCCGGCUGCAGGUUACCACGCCAGGACAAGGAUAUGGGGUCUGGACAGAAUAUAUAAGCCUGAUCCAACAGACCCAGAGACGAAGAAGUGGCACAAGGGGCCGGCGUAUGAGGCCAAGCUGUAUGGCCGGCAUGGGAGCGCCAGUGGGGUGAUGCCUGAGACUCUGUGGCCGAGCCGGGAACAGCUCCGGGCCAUAGAGGAGGAGGAGAAGGAAUGGUACCCCAGCCUGAGGGAGAUGCUGGAACAACUGGAGGCCAAAGAGAGAGAGGAGCUGCGGCAGAAGCAGGAAAGGGAGAAGCUGAUCGCGGCCAAUAUGGCGAAGAUGCCCCAGAUGGUGGAGGACUGGCGCAGAGCAAAGCGGGAGGUGAAGCAGAAAGCGCGAGAAGAAAAAGCCCGCAAGGAGCGGCUCCUGGCUCAAGCCCGUGAGAAGUUCGGUACCAAUGUCGACUUCCACAGCCCCAAGUUCCAAGAACUGGUGAAAGAGCUGGAGAAGGAAGAGAAAAAGAAAAUGAAAGCCAGCAAGAGAAAACAAAAAGAAGAGGAGAGAGCAGCGAUGGCGGCAGUCCUGAAUACUCCGCCUGCCAGUGCACAACCAGCUGCCCCAGUCAGUGAUGAGUCUCUCUGAUGUUGUAUUGUGUUAUGCAUUGUUUUCAAUUCAAUGGAUUUUCCACCUUCACGUGUUCUGUACAUCUCUCUCUCCUGCAACUCUUAUUAAAUUAAUUUAUUUUCUGUGCAUCUCAGGCUUGUCUUUAUAUAAUCAUGUGUCAUUUCUGUUGUGCUUCUAUACAACUUUAUCCAGUGGGCAGGAAAAAAAAGCAGGUGGGAGAGAUCCCAAAGCAAGGAUAACGAUUAUUUAAAACUGUGAUUUAUAUAAAUACAUGGCUGAGAAGCACCAUGAGGCUCUGAUUUUAGAUAAAUACAUGGCUGAGAAGCACUGGUGGAACACAGAGAUACAGGUCAUGUGAAGGUGGAUACACCACUUUAAAUAACACUAUCUAGGACUGGAGAGAGCACCUUGUAAUAUUAAACAUUAGUGUGAAUAUCUGUUGUGUGUGCAAAUGUUUCCAUUACAGAUUUGUAAUAAAAUAAUCUUUAUACAUUUAAA